AUGCCGUCCCCUUGUAUUAGAGAGGCUUCACAGGCCUGCCUUCAGGGCUGCUGUCGAACCCUGUUUCUCGGUCUUACCGAUUCUUCACAUACUGCAUUUUACAGGUCUUCUGCAGCUUCAACUCCUGCAUACAAUUUUCAUGGAGCAACAGAGACGUCUCUUCAUCCGAAUGCUCGAUUCUCUGACCAUGAAUCCAUCCCUUCUCUAAAAGAUGGGUUUACUUACUUCGUUAGAGCAUAUCCUCUGUACCUUGACACACAACAGAUCGAUCGAAUCCGAGCUGAUGAAUAUAAUCAUCUUGCUCUCUCCAAACAUGUAUGUCUCGAUUACAAUGGUCAGUGUCUCUUUUCCUAUGCUCAACAGCAGAGUUUUCCAACGGUUCCAACUGCUUCUUCCUCCUCUCCAUCAGGAUCCCCUCCCCUAAUUAUGCAUUCCCCGGGAUCACCAUUUUUCAACAUUUCUCAUAAAGCAGUGAAACCAAAUUCCCAGGUGGGGAAUGGUGGUCAAGAAUCAGAAUUUGAGUCCAGAAUCAGAAGUAGAAUUAUGAAGUUUAUGAACUUAUCAGAAGAUGAUUAUGCUAUGGUGUUCACAGCCAAUCAAUCAUCAGCCUUCAAACUUUUAGCCGACACUUACCCUUUUCAGCACAACAGAAAUUUGGUCACAGUUUAUGAUCACAAGAGUGAGGCAGUUGAUUUGAUGGUUGAAAUCUCCAAGAGGAAAGGAGCAAGAAUCAGCUCUGCUGAGUUCUUAUGGCCAAACUUAAACAUCUCCACCGGAAAAUUAAGAAGACUAAUCGUCAGUAAACGAAAGAAGAAGAAGAAGAUGAAAAUGAAGAAAAAGGGGCUAUUUGUUUUCCCACUUCAGUCUAGAUUAACAGGAACUCCAUAUUCAUAUCAAUGGCUGAACAUAGCUCGAGAAAACGAAUGGGAUGUCUGCCUAGAUACAUGUGCAUUGGGGCCAAAAGACAUGGAAACUUUAGGCCUCUCUCUCUUCAAGCCUGAAUUUCUAAUUUCUUCUUUCUAUAAAGUUUUUGGCGAAAACCCAUCAGGAUUUGGCUGUUUGUUCAUCAAGAAAUCCAAUGUUUCAUUCAUGGAGAGUUUAAUAACCUCACCUGCAAACAUUGGCGUUAUAAGCCUUAUCUCAACAUCACCAUUAUUUCCAUUUCCAGAAGAACCAGAAACACAACAGAUUUCAAAACCCAGCCUAGAAAUUCGAAAUUUAGCUAUAUCAGAGUCGCGAAAUUCACCUGAAAUCAUGAAAGCCACAGAAAUUGAAGAGGAAGAAUUCUCAUUCACAGGAAUCGUCGAAUUGACAACGCCCUUCGAAUCCACUCGAUCAACAAACAAAGAAAUGAACUCAAACCUGGAAUGCAGAGGCUUGGAUCACGCAGAUUCAGUAGGCCUAAGACUGAUAAGCAUUAGAGGAAGAUAUCUGAUCAAUUGGCUCACAAAUGCAUUGAUGAAUCUUCAACACCCAAAUCCAGAAGGAGGAAUUGCUAAAGCCCUAGUGAGAGUCUACGGCCCCAAAAUCGAAAUUAAUCGAGGACCCGCGGUGGCAUUCAACGUAUUCGACUGGAAAGGGGAAAAAGUAGAGCCAGCAAUGGUUCAGAAGCUCGCCGAUCGGAGCAAUAUUUCGUUGAGCAAUGGAAUUGUGAAGGAGGUAAAUUUCUUGGACAAGAACGAAGAGGAAACUGAGAUGAGAAAGGAGAGAGCGGUGGAGGGAGGAGAAAGGAUGGAUAGAAGUGAGAAAGGCCAUUGUUGGAUAUCAGUGGUUAGUGCAGGGAUUGGAUUUCUGACGAAUUUUGAAGAUGUUUAUAGGGUUUGGUCGUUUGUUUCAAGGUUUUUGGAUGCAGAUUUUGUAGAGAAAGAGAGAUGGAGAUAUAUGGCUCUUAAUCAAAAAACCAUUGAAGUUUGA